AUGCCACUUUACCCAGGCCCGCAAGGAAACAAGGUCAUGUACCCGGCAUACUACUGCUGUACGCCGGUCGCGACGCCGCUCGUCGUCGCCCCGGUGGUGACAGCCCCAGUGGUGGCAGCAACUUCAGUGGUACCGACCCCCGUAGUGACAGCCCCAGUAGUGACGUACCCGGUACAGCAGCCCCAGGUGGUCGUGCAGCCCGUGCAGCCCAUCGUUCCCUUGGUCUACCCGGUAUACCCGGCCGCGGUGGUGCCCGUUGCUACACCGGGCUGCCAGUUCUUUGUGUAUAAUCGGAAACGGGGCUGA